UUGACCAUAAUUCAUAAUUUAACACCUUAACUGUAGGUUUCUAUGUUUUUACAAAUAUAAAAUUUCUGGUUCUAAUUCUGAUACUGCUUCGAGCAACACCGGCUUCCGACAUGUCGGAAGGGAGGGGCCCAAGCGAUAUCUCGCCGUACAAAUCUUUCUGCCAUUUCUCGCGGGGGGAAAGGUGCACACAGUCGCAUUUCUCACACACUUACAUACAAAAUCCAAUCCAAUGACGACACAAAUACAUAGAAAAUGACACACGUGAAAGACAAAUCUUGCAAACCUCGAUCUCUUUUUGUGUACGGACGAGUGACUAGUGUCACAACACGCACACUAACACAUUUUCGUUGAAGUAUGUCAUUGUAUUCUGAGAGAUGAGAAGUCGAAUUUGUCGCUCGACCGAUCCGCAAUUUGUACUGAGCGAGCAAAAUCGAUAAAUCCAACAAUUACUUGAGACUAAAAUAUAAUAAUUGUAUUUAAAUGUAAUUUAACGUAUGAUAUGUAAAAAAAAAUAUUACAUGUGAAAUGUAACACUUUCUUUUUGUAAAUUUGAUGUCCCCGACCUCUUUUUAUAACAAAAAACCGAGCAAACAGGCAUUUUUGGGCAGCAGUGUUCACGCGCGCGUCUGGACUCGGUCUAGUGAAAAAUCCAAGUGCAACUAGUUUUAUUACCCGCGCUAGAUUAAAUUGACGCGCUAAUCUUGUACCUCGGCAGAAGGGAAAUAGUGCGAAUGCCGCCUCCCUUCCGUGUUGCUCGAAGUGAUACUGUGUCACUGUCAUAGUAAAAAUUAAUGUAAAACUUUGUACGCUACAAGAUUGAUUAUUAAAAUAAAAAAAUAAUUUAAUUUAACCGAUGCUUAAUGCUUAAUACAUUAAAACUUAUGAAGAAGUGAGACAUUUUCAUUACAAUGAUGUAUUAUUCCAAAUGUUAUUGAAGUUCAUUGGAGUUAAGUAAUUGAUUACUAUAUAACAACACUUUAGUCCAUUAAAUAUUAUUGGAUUAUAAGUCUAAUACAUUACAGACUUCAAAAAUAUUUUGACACCGUUACACGGGCUUGAUAGUAAAAAAACAGGAAUCGAACAGAAAGCAUAAUAUGAGUACUAAUAUCACUGUGAAUACAAAAGACCGGAUAAAUUAUAAAAGAAAAGAUAAUAAUGGAAUACAUAAAGUGAUUUAUUCUCUAAGACCAUUGUUUAUCUUCGAGCACAUUUUUGGAGUGUUUAGAUUUCGAAUCAAAAAUAGAGAUUUAAUUUCUACUGACUGGAAACUUAAAGGAAUUGGAUUAUUUUUGGCGACGAUUUUUACUGGCAUUUAUGGAUCAUUUCUUUUCUACUGGAAGCCUUCAUUAAAAGAAAAAAUUACAACAAUAACUUCAUUAAUUGGAAUAUUAGAAUAUUUUAGUUCGGUCGUAUGUUUCAUAUUGUAUAUUGCAAUUGUAAUUAUUCAUUUGUUAUUGAGAAACACUGUCAACGUUCGUAUUAUCUCAAAUUUUGCGGAAAUAGACUCAAGAUUAAACCUCACCGUGAUGGAAAGGAUUUACAGAACGACAAGGAACUAUAAUUACACCAUUAUUAUUGCAACACUUGCCAUUAAUUCGGUAUACUUCGUGUGGUAUUCCUUGAGUCGAAACGUCACAGAUUUGAUUUAUGUUUAUUUUAUCGGUUGCAUAUACACGUUGCAUGACGUUGAAAUAUUACUUGUAUGUGUCUUGGUUCACAUGCUUAAAGUCCGACUGGUUAUACUCAAUAACAGUCUCGAUAGACUUGUCAGAGAAAAUAAAAAUAAGCAUAAAGUAUUCGCUACGAGGAUUCGCCAGGUUAAAAUGGAAACAAAACUGCAUGAACUUUCACAGGUGUAUGACGUUAUCGGAGAGACGAGCCGCUUGAUAAACAGCCUCUACAACUUUCAAAUCUUCAUAGCUUUAAUAUGUACGUUCGUUUACGUACUGCUUUCUAUAUGGGUGCUCCUGUACUCGUUUAAAAAAGAGAUGAUUAUUGUUGACGUGAUAUUGUCGAUUUGUUGGAGUGGUAUCAAGUUGUUUUACUUGCUGGCUUUGUCGCUGGUUUGCGACGGCUUGUUGGCGGUGCGGGAGGACACGAAAUUGCUGGUGAAUGAGCUGGUGAUGGACUACGAACUGCCGACGAACGCGCGCGCGCAGGCCAAGGCGUUCAGUCAGCUGAUCGACGCGCGCCCGCUGAGCUUUCACGUUUACGAUGUGUUCACUGUCGAUAUCACUUUGAUGCUCAAGUUCAUAAGCGUUUCCACUACAUAUUUAAUUAUCAUUAUACCGAUAUCAAAUUUUGUUUAA